CAGACCUCGACUGAAACAUUUUCAAAGGAUUUUGCAGACUCUUCUAUGGAAGCUGAGGCUGUGGUAAUGCUGCCUCCCAAGAGCUGCAUCCCCAGAAACUACAGUUGUAUCGCCGGGCUGUUCGGAAGCUUGUCAGCAUCAGAGCAAAAGCUGGAGGACGAAGAAGAAGACAUGGAGGAAGAGGAGAACAGGAAUGGAGACUGUGAACUAUUAGAAAUCAGCGUAGUGAAUGAAAAGCCGAGAGGAAGAGAGUCCUCCCUGAAGCCCCCGCAAAGCCCGACCCUGCGCCGAAGGUGCAAGUCUCUCCCCACACCGGCUGAAAGAGCCAAAUUAGAGAUCGCACGAGUCCGGAGCCCAAGCAGUCAAAAAAAGGUACGAUUCGCUGACUCUCUGGGACUAGACCUGAUUUCUAUCAAACACUUUGAUGACUCGGAUAUGCCUGAGGUACCAGAGCGCAUUAUUGACAAAUUCAAAAAAGCCAGAGCUCUCCACUUGAAUAACUUCGACAAGUCCAACACAUCAAACCAGUCCGUGUUUAUGGAGCUGCUCUUCACAAAUCCAGGAUCCUUGCCGGACUUCCUGGACAAAGUUAUUGCAUUGAAGGUUUUACUGGAGUCUGUUCAGGCUGAUGAGUUCAGCCUCUCGGGGAUCGUGCGCGUUCUUAACUUGGCUUUCGAGAAAAAUGUCUAUUUGAGGUACACCUUAAAUAACUGGACGACAUUUGUGGACAUUCUGGCGUCUUACGUCCCCCAUUCUAAUGACGGGCAGACGGACAAGUUCAGCUUCAAAAUCAUCACCCCGAUGUUUCUGGAGUUUGGGGGAACCCUGCAGUUUGCCAUCAGGUACUGCGUCGAAGGAGGUGAAUUUUGGGAUAACAACAAUGGGAGUAAUUACAGAGUAAGACGCCACAGAUUUAAAAUUUCUCCUCCGAGGGAAUGGGAAAAUGGUUGGAUCCAUUUUAUUUAGUGUGCGAUUCAGCCGUUCCACUAUGACGAAGCUUGGCUCAGGAAUAUUAAUUAGCCUAUGUGACUUGCCUCCCAUUGGCGAAUUGGCUAAGUAAUAAUCAUGAGCCAAACCUUCGCCAUAGUGGGAUUAGUAAUCUCUCCAGGAGUGUACAUUGAGGGAACCACUGACCUUCCAUGAAAAGCGUAUGUAGCAUAUUACCACAUAUUCGUAAACUGAAGACCAUGGUUCGUUGUUUGUCUUUGCUUUUUGUCGUAGUUUAAUCGAUGUCAAGUAGAGAAAGGGAAAUUAAAUUGAUGUCAGAUAGCUAACUACUAAUUGACGAAUGUAACAUUAGGCAUAUUUCCAUCGGUGUAAAACUGAUUGUUUAGCUGCAGUACAUAGAUGGUCAUGGAGACAAGACCCCGUCCUGCGUAGAGCAGGACCAUUUAAAUGAACCCAGUAUACAUUUAGCUUCAACGCAUGUGCUUUAAUAGGAUAUUGUGUAAUAAUUACAUAAUCCCCAGUGCACCUGUUAUUCUUCAGUUAAAGUGAAAUCAUGGUGCUUCAGCAUCACUGUGCUUGUUUCACAUCAAAUCGCAGCUAAGGGUUAAGGUCAGGCUAUAACUGAGGAAAAUUCUGAAAUAAUAAAUCAAACCUUUUUAGAAGAUAUUUGCUGUAGCAACCCAUGAGCAGCAGUUAGGCCUAACUGGUAACUGCUAAAACAAUUUCUCAUCCUCAGGAAACAAAUGGGCUAUUGAUUUUGUAUUAAAGUCAGCAUGAAAUCAAAUUUAGUUCCCCCCAAAAUGGAAAUUCUCUCACCAUUUAGCUACUCACCCUCAUGCCACCCCAUAUGUAUUUCUUUAUUUAGAUGAACACAAAAAUAUUUUUAUAAAAAUAUUCCAUUUCUGAGUGUCUUGGGUGUCCAAAUGUUGACACUUUGAAAGCACACACAGAUAUCGGGAUGAUAGCCUAAAUAUGACACCAGUGGAUGAAUCAGUGUCUUCUGAAGCAAAACCAUAGGUUUAAGAAAAAUACUUAUAUUUUUAAAUUUUUUAAAACUAUAAACCAUCACUGUAUUUUUUGGGUUUAAUGCACAUUACUGGUCUUAUUUGUGAAUGAUUUUAUUAUUAUUAUUAUUAUCUAUUUAUUUAUUUUACAUUUUACAAUCUUUAAAUCAUAGCUUGCUCUUCCUGUGAUAUGACAUAAUGAAGAAACUUUUUUUUUUUUUGGAACAAAACCAAAUGAGUAUAGGUAUUUUCAGGGAUAGUUAACAUUUAUAAAGCCCAGACCUUAAUAAAAUGAGCUGUUACACUGAAGUUAUAAGCUUUCAUGCUGAAACAGUAGAAAGUGUUUAAUAUACCUCACAUUGUGUAAUCUAGUAUGUCUUGUCUGAGCUAAGCAUUAUUUUUUAGUUACUUAACAUUUGUAUAGUAUCAGUGAAGUAUUUCAAGCCAUAUUUGAAAUACCUUAGAUCGGAAAUUUGGUCAUCCAAUAGAUUUCAAUGGUGAAAGCACAUUGAAACAGUUAUAUCAAAGACUGUUUCUGUUACCUGUAGGUAUAGGCUUGUGAAUUACUGUUACUGAAGCUGAGAUAGAAGAUUGCAGGUAGAUUACAUGACUUCCUGAUCCUGCUGUACUCUGCUACAGUUGAUGGUUGAACAUAGAAAGUUGUCACUCGAAGCACCAUAUUUCAUUAGUGGCCUAUAAAGUGGCACUGCGAUGCGACCGCAAAGGACACUUUCACGAUCUAAGGGGAAGGGGCUCAAGCCCAAACGCCCCCCGCCCCGUGCACACCACUGGCCCCAUAUAAACUUUUUGACAUCAGUCAAAAAUUGUUAAGCACUUUUCUUUAAGGCUUUUUGGGUCUUCAGCAGCACUUUGAGAAGUUUAUUACUGAAUGACAAUUGAUUGUAAAGCUGAACCUUUUACAAAGUAUGAAUAGAGCAUCUGUCCGAAAAGUUAUACAGUGCAUUCAAAAAGGAUUCAAAACCCUUAAUUUUUGCGGACUUAUGCUAAAAUAAAUAAUUUCAAAGAUGAUCCAGAGAAAUAAGAAGCACCUUAACUAAAUUUCAAGUAUCAUAGCAAAGGGUUUAAAUACUUAUGCCAAUACAAUAUUUUAGCUUUUGUCCUUUUUAAUAAAUCUGCUGUUAUAACAAAUGUGUUUUUUUUUUGGCUUUGGGAAUGGAGUGCAGAUUAAUGUGAAAAAAAUAUUUGAAAGAAUGAGACUACAAGUUAAAGGAUUCACUUUAAAUUGAAAAUUACCCCAAGCUUUACUUACCCUCAAGCCAUCCUAGGUGUAUAUAUGACUUUCUUCUUUCUGAUGAACACAAUCAGAGUUAUAUUAAUAAAUAUACUGAUGCAUCAAAGCUUUAUAAUAAGAGUGAACGGGGGGAACGAGUAUGAAGCUCAAGAAAGUGCAUGCAUCCAUCAUAAAUGUACUCCACACGGCUCCAGGGGGUUAAUAAAGGCUUUCUGAAGCGAUGCGUUUGUGUAAGAAAAAUAUCUUUUUAUAAGUUAAAAGUAAAGUAAAAUAUCUAGCUUCCGCCAGACCGCAUUCCUUUUUCAACUUAAUCCGGGGACACACUUAACGACUAGCUAAAAUAUUCUAAGACUGAGCUCAACACACAAAGACUGUUUCCUUCGACUGAAGCAGAUUGAAAUACACGGAAUUUAAACACCGACUGUAAACACCGACUGAACGCAACUGGCUUUGACUCGGCGCAUUUGGGCACGAUCAGUCGUAUCAAAUUACAUUCAUAAUCGGCCUUAGAAUCGUUUAGUGUGUCCCCGGCUUUAGGAAGAAAGUGCAACGCCUCUCACAGUUCAAAACGCUUACGCUACAUCCUAUGCCUUCUGUAUUCAACUCACGAAAAAAGCUUAACUCAGUUACAUUUUUUUCGUGAGUUGAAUACGGAAGGCGGUCUGGCCUCUGAUUGUGUUCAUCAGAAAGAAGAAAGGAUGGCUUGAAGGUGAGUAAAACUUUAAAAUUUUCAUUUUAAAGUGAACUAAUCCUUUAACAAAAUGUGACAAAAAUGAAGGGGUCUGAAUACUAUCUGAAUGCAUAUGUAUGUAUAUUGGGUGAAUGACUCCUGCACAGAUGAAAAAUAUAGUUUUGUUUAACAUUCAAACAUCCAUUCUUUGUUUUCUUCAUUACUGGGAUUCUUCUUCUUUAGUCAUUCUUCUUUAGUCACUUUAUAGUGGCUAAAGAACACUUUGGGACAGUUUGAAGGCAAAUUGAAGGAACAGGCUUGCUAUUUUAAGUUAUUAUUGGACUGUAAUUAUUUACUGUUUAAAGGUAACUUGAUCCUUGUUUAAAAAAAAAACCCUGAAAUGCACUUGUUGUUUCACAAAUUACAUUCUGUUUGUUUUAACCUAUGCAAUACCUGUCUUUAAUGUUUGUGUUUUGCUAUUGUAUCAGUGUGUCAUGUUGGUAAACAUUGUUUUACUUUUGAAUAGUAAUAUUGUAUAUCUAUGCUUGCAUGUACAGAGAUUGCAAGGUAUCAAAAUUCACUGUAAUACCUCAUUGUUCUUUCAGCUGUACCCACUGUGUUGAGUGUUGAUGUGGGAAACUCACACACCUCAGUUCUCAGUGUUUGCUAAUAAAAUGCUGUUGUGGUAAA